CUUUCAUAUUUUACGUUUUCCUUUUCUUGCUUUUAGGAUAACAAGUGUUUUUUUUUCUAAAGUCAAUUUAAUUGUUGUAAUAAAAGCAGACAUCUAUGGCAUAUCCACUACAUAUUUUCACUUAAUUUUAGUUUUUGCUUAUCCUUUAAACAGUAUUCCGUCAGAUACUCAAGGUUACUUUACUUGGAAAUGAUUAAAUGUUCUAAAGAGCAAAGUGUGGAAACCGAAAGCAUAAAAAUAGCUUCAAAGCUUUCGCUUUCGCUUGUGGAAGCGCUCCGAAUUUUAGUUGCGACUUCUCCAUUUAACUUUCCGAUGAACUCAGUAGGUGUAAAACUGAACAGCUUCAUUGGCUGACUUCUUAUUGUACCUUUUCCCCCCCUAUUUGUUGGAAGGAGAGCUCGAGUGGCGUGACAGACCAAAGAAUACAGACUUCUUAUGUUUGCAAAAGUGGUGUAAAACUAUCGGAAGCUGUCCUGAACCGUGGACUGUUGUUCCUGUGACACGCAACAUGUGCUGAAGAUGGAUGGAGCCAAGUUGCACCUGAAAGAGUGGCUGGUAGCUCAGAUAGAGAGUGGGAAAUAUGAAGGCCUGUGCUGGGAGGAUGAGGGCAAGACCAUGUUCAGGAUCCCCUGGAAGCACGCAGCCAAGAAGGACUACAAGCAGACGGAGGAUGCGGCUCUCUUUAAGGCCUGGGCCGUGUAUAAAGGCAAAUACAAGGAGGGCAGGGAUAGAGCUGAUCCCACAAUGUGGAAAACCAGACUCCGUUGUGCACUUAACAAGAGCACCGACUUCCAGGAGGUUCCUGAACGCAACCAGCUGGACAUCACUGAACCAUACAAGGUCUAUCGAAUUGAACAGGAUGUCUGCCUGUCAAAGCCGGGAGCACAUCCUCAGACAAAAUAUGUGUUCAAGCAGGUGAAGUUAUCUCCAAGAAGCCCUGGUUAUCCAGAAAAUCAGUGUCAAAAGGAAGAACUUCAAGCUCACAAAGAAGAAAAACCAUGUGCUGAUGACCUGAUGAGGGAGCACAUGUACUGUGAGAUAACAGAGAAAAAUAAUCUAAUUCAGGCUCCUGAUCCAGUAAGUUUCUUCAGUCCCAUCCUCAAUAUAACCGACUUUCGCAUGGAGGUGAGACUAUUGUACCAGGGCCAGACAGUGACGAAAGUGAUCACGGAGAGCCUAGACGGAUGCUUUAUCCUCCAGGGUCAUGUUCCUUUGGGAAAUGAACAGAUCUACGGACCCUGCUCUGCGCAGCAGCUUUCUUUCCCCUCCCCAGGCUCUGUAGCUCUUCCAGAUUGCCUGGCAGAAGCGAUGAAUCGCCUUCUUUGUCACCUGGAAAGGGGUGUGCUAUUGUGGGUGGCACCAGAUGGGGUAUUUAUCAAGCGCUUCUGCCAGGGCAGGGUGUACUGGAGUGGUCCCUUGGCCCAGCAUGCUGACAGGCCAAACAAACUGGAACGUGAAAAAACCUGCAAACUGAUGGAUAUACCCUCAUUCCUAAAUGAACUCCAGAACAGUUUACAGAGAAAGGGGCCUACACCUUCACACGAGAUCGAGCUCUGCUUUGGGGAAGAGUAUCCAGAUCCAAACGUACCUAAAACCAGGAAGCUCAUAAUGGCACAUGUGGUUCCCUUGUUUGCUGUGGAACUAUUACAGAGAUUCAGCUUGGGACAAACUGAGGAGAAACAUCAAAAUCUCACCUCCAACGCAAAAGGAAAGAAGAUAGACUGAGAAAUCUACCAUGUGCCAGAGUUGAUAUGGACAAUGCACAAGUGAACUUGACUUCCGUCCGCAUAAUCACCAUAAAGGAUAAAGUAUCAUCAGUAUAUUAAAAAAAUAUAUUAAAAAAAUUAUAUAUAUAUACUGUAUAUAUAUAUAUAUAUAUGUAUGUGUAGGGAUGUGUCUGUGUGUGUGUAUGUACAAUAAGUACAUUUGAAAGGCAUUACGGUAAAUUUAUUGUAAUCUUCUUUAUUGCAGCUUGUAUUUGAUAUUAUUUUCUAUAGUGCAGCUAGACACCUGUUGUGCAUUUUGCUCAAAGCAUGCUGAAAAACAAAUAAUAAUGUGAAUGUUUUUCUCCCUCUUCAUUUGAUGUUGAACUCAUCCUCGGAGUAUGACAUGCUAAUUUAAUUUUCUCAUUCUGGAACAAAUAUGUGGAAUAAAUUGACCACAGAAAUGAAAUCUAUAAAGCUUUUUUCUCAUUUAUUUCUAUCGAACAUCAUAUAACAGAUUCACAAUUUUUUUUAAAAAUAUACAUUUUUGUAGCUGUAACAUUUAAAAAGAAAAUAAAGUAACAGGUAAGAUUUUUCUCCUUUAAAAUAAUAAUUAAAAAAAACAACUAAAGUGAUAGAGAGUGCUGAAUCAGAUGAUUUACCCGUAUCUGAGUUUAAAAUACUUUCAUCAUUUUUUCCCUGCCUUCGAACAUAUACAGUACAUUAAAAAAUGAGACGGGAACUGAAGCGUACAGUACACACAGGGGUCAAGAGCAUUCACAAAGCAUCAUGUUCCAACGUGUUAUUAGCACCAUUACUCUUCAGCCAUACUGCACCUUUUUUACUCCUUCCAUCAUUCAGUUUUUAAUGGAAAAACACCAUAAGUGUCGAGGCGAUGUGGCACAGACCUGUCUGUGUGGGUGGGAUUGUCUGUUACGCAGUUUUCAUUAGUGUUCUCCCUUUCUCAGAGAUAAUGUUAAGAACAUAUUGGAGAGUAAUGCUUUGAUGAACAACCUUUUGAAAUGACUCCCAGUGAUAAGAAUUACAAAAAAAGGCGAAGAGUUGCUCAUACAUUCACCUUGCCUGCCCAGGCCGGUGUGAAAACAUCGGCUCCGAUGCAAGAAAAGAAACAAUUAAAGAAAAACUGCAUUGCAAGAUUGACAGAAAUUGCAUUAAAUCUGUUUAGCAUAUUUACUGUAUAUAACAUCUGUAAUGUAAUAUAUAUAUAUAUAGUUAAAAUUUAAAAUUUGUUUAUAUAUAUAUAUAUAUGCAAUUCCUCAAUAGCGUUUACUUUCAUAACACUGAUUGAAAAUACCCUGCAGUAAUUACUUUUAUUGAGAAGGUGUGUGGGACGACCAUAGCAAAAACAGAGUGAACACAGACAAGUGCUUGAUUGUCUCAUUAAAUAUCUUCAGUGUCUUUGUAAAGAGUCAAUUAGUUGCUGCUAUAUCUCUGAGUGAAUUCACCCCUUCACCAGUUCGUACUCAAAUUUGAAUCUAAGCAUUACCAUUUCAUCCCUUCCUGCUUCUAUUUUAUGCACUUGAAUAAAUAAUUGAAUACUCUCUUAUGAACUUAUACCAUGGUGCAUCAGUUUAUUUGAGGCUGUUAUGUAUUUUGUCAGUUAUGGAGAAAAAUGGUAGUAAUAGUGGAAACUUUCAUGUAAUUUCGUUCAACUGUAUAUCAAUACCUGAAGAUUAUGUACUUCACUCUGUUCCGUUUAGAUCACUUGAAAAAUUAUAGAUUAGAACCCAAUGGCAAACCAAAAUACCUUUAAGUGAUCUUGUAAGAUAUUAUGUAUUGGAGUUAUAGAAACACAUCUCUUUACAGUAAGUAGGAUGUAGAUAUUUUCUUUGAAUCAUGGAAACAAACACGGGUGUGAUUGAUACAUGCUGAUGCAUGGUCAGUGUAAAACGUCCCUAUGGUGGACAGCACUCUUUUGUGUGCAAAAUAAUCAGUUAUAAAAUGGCCAAAACUACAAUAGUACCAAAUGGUGAAGGAGCGAAUUGACAUGCACCCUGCUGCUUCUUUCAGAAAAGGAAAGGGUAAGGGAAUGGAAUUAACAGGAAAGGAAAAGAAGAAAGGGAAAGGAAAGGAAUGAAAAGAAAAUAA